AAGAUUAUACACCACUUUCAGUAUCUGUUAUACAUAAAAAUUUUGAGGUUGCUAAACUUUUAAUUGAUAAGGGGGCCGACAUGUGUAAACAAAACUCUGGUAAUACUAUUGCUCUAAUCAUUGCUCAAAACAAUUGUACAAUAGACAUAUUGCAUUAUUAUUUUACACCUGUAGGAUAUGCUAUUUUUACCAAAAAAUUAGGUGAAGCCCGUCAACUUUUAGAAGAUGGUGUAGAUGUUUGUAUGUCUGGUGCAAACAACAAAACUCCUCUUAUGAUAGCCGUUGAAAAAAACGAUCUCGAAGCAAUCAAACUUUUAUUCGAAUUUGGAGCUGAUUUUACUAUGCCGACUGCUUUGUUGGAGGCCAUAAAUCUGGGCAACGUCCAGAUAAUUGAUUUUUUUAUUAAAAACAAUGUUGUAAUUAAUCGCCAAUAUCAGGAUGGAACUACGCCCCUAAUAAGAGCUUUAGAAAAGGGCAAUUUUGAUGUGGUGAAAAUUUUGGUCGAAAAUGGUGCCGACGUCAACUUUGCAAAUGGCCACUUCACACCAUUGUUUGAAGCUUUGAAACUUGACAACUGCGAGGUUGCGAAAUAUUUAAUAAGUAAGGGAGCGUCAAUGGAAGCAAAAUAUUUAUUAAAGUUUCCAAUGUCUAAAGAAAUUAAUUAAGAUAGAAAUUCAACUAAAGAGUAUUUUGCUGGACGAUUUUGACCCUUCCACUUUACUGAAAGUAGUUGAAACUAAAAAUGCUAUUUUUGUAAAAUAUCUUUUGAAACAAGGACUCUCAAUUGAUUCACCACAU